GACGCGCGGACAGGUUGGCGACGGGGUUGGGAAGGGGCGGGACGACGCGACUGAGGAGGAGUGCGCCUGCGCCUUAGCAGUUGCCGGUCCCUCCGCUUCCGGGUCCGCGUGCAAAGGCCUCCCCGGAAAUGAGUAGGCUCCACUCCCAGCACUGAGCCCAACGUGGAGCUCGAACUCGAGACCCUGAGAUCCAGAAGUGAGCUGAUAACAAGAGUUGGACGCUUACCCAACUGAGCCACCCAGGAAUCUUCAAAAAUCCACCUCUGCUCUUUGAGAUGCUGCCCAAACCUGGGAUCUAUUACUUCCCCUGGGAAGUCAGUGCUGGCCAAGUUCCCGACGGGGGCACACUGAGAACAUUCGGAAGGUUGUGCCUCUAUGACAUGACUCAGUCCCGAGUCACCCUGAGGGCUCAGCAUGGAUCUGACGAGCACCAGAUCCUGGUGUGUACCAAGCUGGUGGAGCCGUUCCAAGCUCAAGUGGACUCCAUGUAUCUUGUCCUUGGGGAGCUCGAGCACCAGGACGGAGGCUCCGUGGUGAAGGCCCGGGUGCUGACUUGUGUGGAAGGAAUGAAUCUGCCCUUGUUAGAACAAGCCGUCCGGGAGCAGAGGAGGUACCAGCAGGAGAGGGACAGCAGCCAGCAGCAAGCGACAGUGCCUGACAGCUGUCCCUCCCAAACUUUCCCUGAAGUCAAGCCCCCUGGAGAUGCCAGAGCCACUGCAGGGAAGACGCAGGACCUUCCCCAGGAGUGACAGCCUUUGUCUGGAGCUGGAGAGAAGGGGUGGGGGUGGGGGUGGGGUGGGGUUGCUAAUUUGGAUUGUUCCAGACACCCUGUGGGAGGCUGCACUGUGGGGUGCUGGGGCCUGAGCCUCGAGUGGGAAUAUGGAGGGUUCUGGAAAGUCCUCAUGAAUAAAAACCCCAGUGGGGGGAGACCUUG